AUGGCGGAUAGUGGAAGUAAAAUAGGAGAGGAUGAUGAAGUUCCGGGUCGUGUGAAGGAACAUUUGUGUCAACCAUGUUUAAGUAAGGAUAAGGAAACUGUAGCCGACAAGUUUUGUUCAAAUUGUAAUGAAUUCCAAUGCAAUGAUUGUUCAAAUGUACACAACGUGCUCGCCAUCUUGAAAAAUCAUAAAUUGGUGAGCGUAAAAGAAGCUGAUGUUGCACGUAUUUCGUUUAAAAUGAAGGCCUUAGAUCUAUGUGAUCAACAUCAACAUUCUUUUGAAUUUUUCUGUGAAGAUGAAAAGAAGCUCUGCUGCAGUAAGUGUGCAAUUGUUAAUCAUCGAAAAUGUCACAGCGUUGUAGAAAUUGAGAAGAUCGCUGGGAAUAUAACCUCACCAAUUUCUAUCUUAGGGGAGACAUUGAAGGAAGCUAAAGAAGCUGCUGAGAGUGUUGCGAGACAUAUUCGCUCUUCAAAAGAUCAACUUGCUGAAGAUAUAAAAGAAAUACAUGUACAGAUAAGACGAAUGCGAGACGAAGUAAUGAAAAUGUUUGCCGAUCUAGAAGAUUCCGUUAACAAAAGAGCUGAAACUCUGCAGAAAGAAACCUUAGAAAAUCUGACAAAGAAGCAAACACAAAACGAGAAACAUUUGGCUGAUGUAACAUCGUGCUUAGAGACGAUUGAAAGUAUUUUCAAAAAUGGAACUCCAGUACAGAAAUAUAUAGCAGAACAGAAAAUGGAGAGUAAAGCCAAUGCUCUCUGCAGAAACAUCAAAGGGGAAUAUAAGAAAUUAGAGACGGUGAACAUUUCUUUUCAUUUUGAAGAAACAAUAAAGCUGCCACCAUUAUCAAUCACUGAAUAUGUUCCAGGACAAUUACUAUUAAAGUCUACUCGACAGAGAGACGUUAAUUCUGUUAACAUGGCGAUGAAGUUAACACCAGUUUCUUCUAUUGAUUUGAAGAAGACGGGAGAUGAUAUCGAUGAACCGUUCUAUACAGGCAUAGACUUUCUACCUGAUGGUAGAUUGGUUGCUGUGGAUAACAGAAACAAGAAAUGUUUAGUGUACAAUGAAAAGCUUGAGAAAGUAGGAUCAUUUCAGCUACCUAACAAGCCAUUAUCUGUUGUUGUAGUAUCUGAGGAGGAAGUAGCGAUAACAAGUGGUACUAGAUACAACAUAGAAUUUCUACAUGUUAGUAAAUGUAAUGAAAUAACUUCAAGUAGGACAUGUAAAGUGAAAACGAAUUAUUACUCUAUAUGUUUGAAAGAUGAUAGACAGUUUGUAGUAGGGACUUAUGAUGAACCAAGACCUGUUCGUAUUGUAUCAUUGACUGGAGAGGAGCAUGAUUUUAAAGAUAACUUCCCAAACAAGACAUAUUCUAUAGACACUAGCGAUUGUACUUACAUAAAGAGCAGUGACAAAGUGGUGAUUACAAGCAGAGACGAGCAUACAGUCUUCAUAUAUGACAUUAAGACAGACACAAGAGUGGUAGUGAAGGAUGACCAGAUACAGUUACCAUGUGGUGCAGCAGUUGGUCCUUCUGAUACUAUCCUGGUGUGUUGUCGUAAAACAAACACCAUAGUACAGAUAUCACAAAGAGGUCAGAUAUUGUCAUCAUACAAGAUAAAUAUGGAGAUGCCGUAUAAAGUAUGUGUCUCACGUGAUAAAUCAUUUCUUGUUGUUACAAAUAGCUUUAAUGGAAAUAUGAAAAUGCAGAAAUUCAAAAUAUCAACAUAA